UUGCACUUCAACUGAUGCAGCCCUACAGCAGUUACAACGUACUACUCUGGUGAGUCAUGGCAGCGAAUUACCCGAUGCGGUAUAGCGUUUCUGUUUGAUCUAGAGACAGCAUCGUUUCGUUCUUGCAUAGGAAGCAGGCAGAGACCACUAGGCAGCAUUCUUCUAUUCCUCGAGUAAACUAUCUGAACAUCAAGCCGAUGGGCCGGGCUAAGAUACAAAAAACUACAAAGCAAUCUGAUUGAACUAGGACAGGAUGGCAAAACAAAGACGCCAGAACUCUUCUCGUCCAGAAAUGGUCUUCUUGAUUCACCAUCGGAUUGAAUCCCUUCCCUGGUGGCUGCGACAUAAUCGAAUGGAUCCGGAACAAGCCACAGGAGUACAAGAUCUAAAUCCUGGACCAUUCAGCUUGACAGCCUGUUACCGCUGCCGGGUUGAUCACUUGGAGACGGCUGAACAAUAAACGGCUUAAGUUCCUCACAAGCUUCCGACCGCGUGCCAGGUACUUGCUUGUACUUAUCAUUAUUAUGUACAAGUAUUGUGACAGGCUUGGCAAUAAUCCAGAUGGGAAUUCAGUAGAGAUAUUGCGAGAUGAAACCAGGAAGCCGAGCUGGGUGGCACCAGGUCGCUAUAUUAGCAGACACAUGCUGGAGGCUCUAGUGGAAGAAAUGGGCCGCGAAUACGAGCACCUGCUAAGGGCUCCUCAGGCAACAGAAAUCGUGAUGACAGCCUCCCUCAAUAUCGACGAAGGUGGCCGCCACACAUAUCUUCAAUAAAUGCGUGCGCUAUGUACAGUGAUCUCAUUCUGGCUAAGCCAACUUUUUGCUCCAAAUACCACAGACAAUCGUGGUAAUUCCAUUGUCAUCCAGAGUUACUCCGUCUUAGGUAAGGAGUAAGUACCAGGUUGCAUACAUUCUAGUAACCGUCAUUUCAACCCGUUAUGCGUCAGAUCGCGACUAUGCUCCGAUAGACCAGAGCUGAACGCCAAGACAAACACGCCUAGAGUCUGCGUCUGUGGGUUUGAAUUUAGCCGCCUGGAAGACACUUUCCGAGUAUUAUUGUCGAAUUCCGAGACUUUGUGAGACCGAGUUAUUAUCUUCAUUUGGUGAAUCCCCAAGGAUACCAACGAAACCUAAAGCUGUACUGUAUAAUGAAGUCCAAUCCAUUCAAGAAUAUACAUAUAUAUUUUAUAUUGUUGCAGUAGAAUAUGCUGUACCUGCAGACUGCUCCAUCCAGGAUCCAGAAACACUGUCUUUAGCACUGCAGAGCGUUCCAAAAGCACAAAACACUGCCUAUGCUCUUGUUUUUGCUUCAGCAGUGAAUCUGAGAAACGCCAAAGCGGUGAAUGAUGGACUGUGCCCAGGCGGUGAAGGGCUCCAUGCCAAGAUUUCACCUCUCCCACCUAAAUUUUUCGAGGUAUCAAACACGCCUGAGGAGAACGACUGUCUGGCUGCACCUCACAGCCUCCUUAGGUUGCUCAAGUACACCUGUUAAUCUAUCUAGUUUUAUUUUGGUAAUUAUCGGAAUAAGAUGGAUGACAUUGAGGAACGGCUGCGAAGCCAUGCUCAGGCCUUUGAUGGUCUGCUGUCUCUUAUUCCUGCUAAAUAUUACUACGGAGAGGAUACCAGUGACCAAUGGCAGCGCAAGAAACAGACCAAGACACAGGCUCGAGAAGCCAAACGGGCCAAAUUAGACCCUGAUUCCGCCAAGAGCGCCAAAGAUGUCAUGGAAGAGAAUGCCAGGAAGCGUAAGCGGGAUGAGGACGGAGACAAUUCUCAAUCGUCCGACGGGGAACUAGGCUCAGAGCGGCCGCGAGAAGGGUUGAAAAGAGGCGACGCCGUUGCGAAAAAACCAAAGCAAUCUGAACAUGUUGAUGAUAAAUUGAACGACACAUUAGGAAAGCAGACAGAAGAUGCAGAAGCCCGACGGAAACAGAAGGAAGUCAAAAAGGCAGAAAAAGCGGCCGCUCGGAAAGAGAAGCAGAAAGCUAAAGAGGCAGCCAAGAAGGAAAAAAGAAAGCCAGCAUCAGAAGACCUCGCAGCUACUGAAACCACAACGCAAAAAAAGGAGUCGAAUCUCGGCAGUAGUAAGACCGACAAACAGGCCCAGGCUCCCAAGACAGAGGACAAUGACAAUUUCGAUGGGGAUGAAGCAGGGAUUGUUGCAGAAGGCCUAUCUCUUGAAUUAAACCCUGAAACGACAGAGAACAUCUCAUCUGCCUCCUCAGAUUCAAACCCACAUGAGUUUGAUGCAUCCAACGCCAACUCCGGCAGCUCGUCUGUAUCUUCUAUUGUUCCACCUGCAGCGCCUAGCGAUACCACCAAGAAACAAUCAGGUGAACCGAAACCUUUAAAACACACCCCGGAGGAACUAAAACAGCGCCUACAAAAACGCCUCGAGGAGCUCCGUGCCGCUCGCCAUGCAGACGGCCUGAACGGCAAGCCUGCGCGAAACCGCCAAGAACUGAUCGAAGCCCGGCGACAGAAAGCAGAACAACGCAAAGCCCACAAGAAACUCCUGAGACAGAAGGCCAAGGAAGAAGAACAACGGCAAAAGGACGAAGCCAUGGCACGACGCUUCUCCCCUGGCGGACCAGGCUCGCUCCUCGCAUCACCCCGCUCUCCGGUAGAUUCAAUAGGAUCCGGCAACAAUUAUGCCUUUGGUCGCGUCGUCUUCGCAGAUGGCCAGCACACCGAUCCCACUCUGUCUAGUAUUCGUGAUAAGCCCAAACGCCAGGGGCCUCAAGACCCCGCCACGGCGCUCAAAGCAGCAGAAGCGAAGAAGGCCCGUCUGGCUACAAUGGACCCUUCGAAGCGCGAUGACAUCGAAGAAAAAGACAUGUGGCUAAAUGCCAAGAAGCGCGCACACGGUGAACGAGUCCGCGAUGACACAUCGCUGCUGAAGAAGGCACUGAAGCGCAAGGAGUCGGCCAAGAAGAAAUCCGAGCGGGAGUGGAAGGAGCGCGCAGAAGCCAUUGCGAGAGGCAAGGAAAUGAGACAAACGAAGCGUGAAGAGAACCUCCGGAAACGGAGAGAAGAAAAACUGAACAAAGGGAAGAAGAAGUCCUCUUCAACCGGCGGGAAACGGAAGGCCAGACCCGGUUUUGAAGGAAGUUUCAAGGCCAAAGUGGGAGGAAAGAAGAAAUGAACCAAAAAUAAAAGUAAAAUAAAAAGGGGAACGAACCUUAAUUAAACCGAACAGACAAGAAGAAGAAAAAGCUCUGGUGGCAUGAGGUAAACCUGGUUUGGCAACUGGAUAUAUGUUGGUGUUUUUGUGGGUUUAUAGGCUGGCUUCUCAUUCCUUUUUGUGUUUCUCUUUUCCCUUUUGUUCUCUUUUCUACCCCUUGCUUCAUAUCAUUUUCACUUCCACAUUUUUGCCUGCAUGUAAGCAUACAUAGGAAGCGAUAUUCCUGUUGGCACUUGACGCAAAUUCGAAGGGAGUUCGAGGUGUCGAUGCACCUAAAAAAUUAACCACGCUGAUGUGAUAGUUUAUAGUGAAAUAAACAGGUUAAAUGGAUUGGG